AUGGCUCCCAAAACUGGCCGGACGAGUGGGGCCAAGAAGGCGGCCAAGGCAACUGCCAAAGCUAAGGCUGAGGCCACGGCGGCUGAGGCUGCCGAGGUGGAGUCUGGGGACUUUGCCAUGGAGACCGGGCGUGAAGCCGUGAAAGAGGCCCUGGACUUUUUGAAGAAGAAGAAGCUCUUUCCGGCUAAGGCGGAGAAGGUCGGCACUCACUCCAUUCUUCCAGAUGCCUGGCAGGGCUCGAGCCUGAAAGAGGCCUCCACAUUCUCAGCGAGCCUGAAGGACGUUUCUGUGGAGACCCUGGAGGUGCCACCGCCUGAGGUGCUGUCUGAAGCGGCCGAGUAUUGGUUCGAAGGGAGGUCUGAUCAGACCUCCCUUUUCGUGUCGGCGACGGUGACGUCUGAUGAGACCAAGUCAGGCGAGAUCGUGCUGUCGCCUGAGGACCAUACCAAGGUUGCGGCCUUGGUAUGGGCCUUCGGCAAGGCGGCGGCUUCGUCUGACAGCGACCUCUGCGAGAAGUACCGGACCGUGGUCAGUCUGAUCCAGGCAUCUGAGGACAUCGGCAAGAAGGCUAUGGAGUGUUCCAAUGCGAUGCCGUUCAACCUCGCCUCGAUCCGGGCCGCCUUGUCAGCACAACACAAGGCCUCCACUCACGAGGAGGUGUUCUUGUUGUUGAAGAACAUCCGCUGGAACGGCGAAGCCUACAAGGUGAAGACAUCUGACCAGGUGCAAAAGCUCACCACUAUGCUUGACAAGACGAAUGCGGCCGGCAUGACUGAGUCGAUGAAGGAGAUGCGGGAGGACAGCAGCCUGAAGGACCAUUUGGGUGUGUCCCUGUCGACCAACACCCACAUGCGUGACUUGAACAGGGACCAGGCGAUGCAAGCGACAGGGAUGCUGCAUCUUCGCUUCGUCGUGCUGGAGCGGCUGAGCCAUCUGCCCAUCCCGGACGAUGCGGAUGACAAGAAGACGGCCAUGGAUUUUCAGAAGUCUCUGCAGAGGUGUCUGAAUCCGAAGGAGUGGGCUCAGCAAGGCGGCUUGGUAUCCGUCGCGGCCUUCAGCGAGCCGCCGUACUGCAGUCUGAGUAAAAGGAUUGCAGGAAUGCUCCGGGGCGAUGACGAUGAGCUCUUCAGCACUGCUGUCACUUCCGGGCAGAAGGAGGAGUUUGGACCCAUCCUGGAGCUGCUGACCAGGUACAGCGACGAGUGGAAGAUGAAAUUGGGCCGUCUGAAGCCUGAGCCGCCGCUUGAGACCAAGCCUUCGCGUGAGCUGCUGCCCGAGACGGAUCCGACGACUGAUACGUCUGGGACUGGGACGACUCGCACGGCUGAACAACUCCGCGAAGUGCAGCUCAAGCGGGCGGUGGAGGAGGAAAUGGCCUUCUACAUUCACUUCUACCAAAGCGACAUCAGGAAUCCUUCCGCUGCCUGGGCUGAUGCUCUGAAGCAACAUCAGCUCCUUCAGAAGGCUGAGCCGGUGUUAUUCAUCUUCGACUCCUCGCUGGUCGCUGAAAACGGAGGCUACAGCCGCGUGCACAACGUGUACCAGCGACCGGCCGUCUUCGAGCGUGGCCUGUACGACAACUGCUUCCGAGUGUUCGAGGCGGCUUCCAAGGACGAGGACCGCUGGCUGACCUUUGAUAGCGGCGUGCAGAAGGCCUCGAACACCAUCCUCAAGUCUUUCAGGAAUCAUGGCUCGACGCCCCAGAGCAUUAUUCUGAUCGGAAGCGAAGAAAGUGUUCAAGGGCGGAAAGACUACUUGCGGUCUGCGUGGCUUGGCCGCAUGUUCUUGUGUUUGACUGCAGUUUCCUUUUUUGGCUUGGCCGCCUGUUCUUGUGUUGACUGCAGUUCAUGCUUCCAGCCAAGGGAGGAGAGGAACUGCAAACGGCGGAAGACAGGAACCGCUGGAAGUCUCAUCAGCAUCGCCGGGGCCAGGGAGACAAUGUACUUCGGGUGCAAGUCUGACCCCCUGCCUGCCAAAGAGCACAAAUGGCUGGCGACUGAUGGCGUGGUGAGCACCGCCUGUCCUGUCUCGGUGCUGCCGAACGUGCCCUUGCCUUCGCCUGAGAGCCUCAUCCGGGUGACGGUGAGCCAGAAGAAGGAGGUCAUCCCUUUGGUGUGUGGAAAGGGUGUGACCGACAACGGCGGCCAGGUGGCACCGGCUGAGCACGUGGAGGACACCGACACAGUCCCUCUGGUGCACUUCGAGAGGAGCUGCUGGCUGUGUCGCAAGUUUGAGUCCAUUGUCUGGGUGUACCGGAUGCUGCUGCACACGGUCUCGCCCAUUGCCUGUGUCGUGAACUUUUCUCCGGGGUCGGGGUGCCUGAGCGUCGUCGCCGCAGAACAGCGGGUGCCCUGCAUCAACGUGGUGAGGACGCCUGAACAACGGAUGAUGCUCCAGAGCAUCAUCCGGCAGGAGCUGGCUGGUCGCGUCAAGAAUGCCAACGACCAGCGAUUCUACCGCGUGCCUGAGCCGCAGAGGGCUGAGCCUGAGAUGCCGCCUGUCUCGACAGCGGUUGCCUCGCCCGCGGUUCCGGUUCCCCCGCCUGCGACAACGACGGUGCCACCGCCUCAGACAACGACGGUGCCACCGCCUGAGAAAACCACGGAUGUCUCGUCACCGUCUGGUGAGUCUGACAGCAGCUCAGGCGAGGACGUAGAAAAGUAG